AUGAGGGAUCUCUAUGAGGAGAUGCAGGAAGAAUGGCGCAAGGAAGCGCGAACGAUUUCUUCCGAUCUAGGUGAUCACAAAGCUUUAGAGAGCGACGAUAAGUUAGAUACGGCUAGCGCACUAGACGAGGCACUCGCUGCGGGCGAAAGAGAUGAUCUUGAAGCGACAGUACUAAUAUUGCUGCCUUCAGAGAGCGGGAAAGUCCGGGUUGAAAUGACAAGAGUGUCCAGUUGUGCCGAUGAUACCGGUAACAGCCAAGUAAUGCUCGGCAUAUUCUUUGAAAACAUCUUCAUCGGUCUUGCCAACACUCUUGCCUCCGCUCCAUUUUUCGCUGCCGCUGGCUGGUCGUCCAGCCGGCCUUGCCCAACUGUUAAUCCAGUUCGAAAAGACUCUUUCCGCUCUUUCCGGAUCCUAAUGACAGGAAAGCCCAUUUUCGAUCCUCAAUCCAUCACCCGCGGCAGAAUAAUGGAGCUUCUCGACUUGAGUCAAGGAUUGAAGGGAAUUCCUGAGGGCAAGCAAGCACCUAACAUCGCCAAGUAG